GGACAGUCAGGAAAGACGGCCAUAAAGAGACUAGGAGAGAAGGAGACGCCCCUAUCGUUCUACCUAAAGCGCCUGCCUCUCUAAAUCCGGUCUUCGAUUGCCCGCGCGUAGCCUCAGUCUCGGCAUCUUGACCUCUAGGAGCAAGUUUUAGUUGAGCGGAUCUCGCCAUGCAGACGAUCAAGUGUGUAGUUGUAGGCGACGGGGCAGUCGGUAAGACCUGUCUACUCAUCUCCUACACCACCAACAAGUUUCCUCAGGAAUACGUCCCGACCGUAUUUGAUAACUAUGCAGUGACAGUAAUGAUAGGAGGAGAACCC